CUGUCAAAGGGUCAAAGCGCUGUCAUUUGUCAUUUUGUUAGCGGUGUUAUUUAUACAUUUUGAUUCAAUUUCUUGUAAUAAUUAAUAUGAGUACGAAAGAAUCAAUGGAAAUGGAAGUCGAUAAUCCGGCUUCUGCUGAUGUUGCAAAUAAUCCGGCGGAAGAUUCGGAAAAAAGUGUGAUGGCAGCUGGGGCUGUCGGUUCUGUGACUUGUUCAUUGCACCCUUUGGUGAUAAUGAAUGUUUCUGAGCACUGGACACGUGAAAAGGCUCAAGAGGGCUCAGUCCAACGAGUGAUUGGGGCUUUGAUUGGUAAACAGAAGGGGCGAAACAUUGAAAUAAUGAACUCAUUUGAACUGGUAUUUAGUGUAAUUGGAGGGGAUGUUAUUAUCGACAGGGAUUAUUACAACAUGAAGGAAGAACAAUUCAAGCAGGUGUUCAGUGACAUGGAUUUCAUUGGUUGGUACACCACCGGAGACAUCCCCAACACCACUGACAUUAAAAUCCAUAAGCAAAUAUGCGACAUUAAUGAAUCUCCAAUUUUGCUUAAAUUAAAUCCCUACGACAAAAACAUUGAUCAUUUGCCGGUUGCUCUUUACGAGUCUGUAAUUGAUUUGAUUGGGGGCGAAGCAACAAUGUUAUUUGUUAAUUUGUCUUAUACUCUGGCAACCGAAGAAGCAGAAAGAAUUGGAGUAGAUCAUGUGGCGAGAAUGUCUUCAACGGACUCAGGAGAAAGCUCUCUUGUUGCAGAGCAUUUGACAGCGCAACACAGUGCUAUCAAAAUGUUGCAUUCUAGAGUUAGGCUGGUUUUAGAGUAUAUGAAAGCUGUACAAAGUGGACAGUUGCCUACAAAUCACGAGAUUUUACGAGAGGCUUAUUCGUUGUGUCACCGAUUACCUGUUAUACAAAGUGCAAGGUUUCGACAAGAUUUUUAUAAUCAAUGCAACGAUGUGGGCCUUAUGACGUAUUUAGGGACUUUAACAAAGGGCUGUAAUGAUCUCAACCAGUUUGUGAACAAAUUCAACAUUUUGUAUGACAGACAAGGACUGGGCAGGAGGAUGAGAGGAAUUUUCUUUUAAUUCGUAAAAAAAGCAAUUUUAUUUAUAACCCUCAGUUCUGUAUUAAAGUUUCUAUUAAACAAUCCUUCCAUAUUACAAA